CUUCCCCUUCCCCUUUCCCCCUCCUCACGGACUCCUGCUUACCCCGAGACGCCCGGAGCCCGAGGACACACUCGGCGACGGAGACCGCGGGCCCGGGCGCGGGGCAGGCCGCCGAUCCGAGUCAGCUCCCUCAGCCCCGCGAAGCCUGCACGCCGGUGAAUCAAAAAGGAUCCCAGGAGUCCUGUGAAUGUUGUAGAAAAUUCAUCUGUGAAUUUUUGAUAUUCAAGGAGUCAGUAUUUAUAUUCAUCUUUUAAGCUGGGAAGAUUUAUAUUUUAUUUUAAAACUUAUUGAUAUUUACAAUGAAUGGACACAGUGAUGAAGAAAGUGUUAGAAACAGUAGUGGAGAAUCAAGCCAAUCAGAUGAUGAUUCUGGGUCACCUUCAGUCUCUCGCUCUGGCUCGAGUUCUGGAAGCAGUAGUGAUGGAAGCAGCAGCCAGUCAGGUACCAGUGACUCUGACUCUGCAUCUGAAUCGGGCAGUCCGUCAGAGUCCGAGUCAGACACCUCCCGAGAAAACAAGGUUCAAGCAAAACCACCGAAAGUCGAUGGAGCUGAGUUCUGGAAGUCCAGCCCUAGUAUUCUGGCUGUGCAGAGAUCUGCAGUGCUCAAACAGCAGCAACAUGCCUCAUCAAAUAGUGGAUCAGAAGAGGAUUCUUCGAGCAGUGAAGAUUCUGAUGACUCAAGUGAAGUCAAAAGGAAAAAGCAUAAAGAUGAAGAUUGGCAAAUGUCUGGGUCAGGAUCUCCGUCUCAGUCUGGUUCAGAUUCAGAAUCUGAAGGAGAUAAAAGCAGUUGUGAUGAAACAGAAUCUGAUUAUGAGCCAAAAAACAAAGUUAAAAGCAGAAAAUCUCAAAAUAGUGUUUCUGUAAAACACCUCCCCCUGGUCUUCCCUAGAUCUAAGUCAAAGAAUGGGAAGAAGAUUCUUGGACAAAAAAAGAGACAGAUUGAUUCAUCUGAGGAGGAAGAGGAUGAUGAAGAAGAUUAUGAUAAUGAUAAAAGAAGUUCUCGUCGCCAAGCAACUGUCAAUGUUAGCUAUAAGGAAGAUGAAGAAAUGAAAACAGAUUCUGAUGACCUACUUGAAGUCUGUGGUGAGGAUGUUCCUCAACCUGAGGAAGAAGAAUUUGAAACAAUAGAACGAUUUAUGGACUGUCGGAUUGGGAGAAAAGGAGCCACUGGUGCUACUACAACCAUCUAUGCAGUUGAAGCAGAUGGUGACCCAAAUGCAGAAUUUGAAAAAAACAAGGAACCAGGAGAGAUCCAAUAUUUAAUUAAGUGGAAAGGCUGGUCCCAUAUCCACAAUACUUGGGAGACAGAAGAAACCCUUAAACAGCAGAAUGUUAGAGGAAUGAAAAAAUUGGAUAAUUAUAAGAAAAAAGACCAGGAGACAAAAAGAUGGUUGAAAAAUGCUUCUCCAGAAGAUGUGGAAUAUUAUAAUUGCCAGCAGGAACUUACAGAUGAUCUACAUAAACAGUAUCAAAUAGUGGAACGAAUAAUUGCUCAUUCCAAUCAAAAGUCAGCAGCUGGUUAUCCUGAUUAUUAUUGCAAGUGGCAGGGCCUUCCAUACUCAGAGUGCAGCUGGGAAGAUGGAGCUCUCAUUUCCAAAAAGUUUCAAGCAUGCAUAGAUGAGUAUUUUAGCAGGAAUCAGUCAAAAACCACUCCUUUUAAAGAUUGCAAAGUAUUAAAACAAAGGCCAAGAUUUGUAGCCCUAAAGAAGCAGCCAUCCUAUAUUGGAGGACAUGAAGGAUUAGAACUAAGAGAUUAUCAACUGAAUGGUUUAAAUUGGCUUGCUCAUUCUUGGUGCAAAGGAAAUAGUUGCAUACUUGCUGAUGAAAUGGGCCUUGGAAAAACAAUACAGACGAUCUCAUUUCUGAACUAUUUGUUUCAUGAACAUCAAUUAUAUGGACCUUUUCUAUUAGUAGUACCACUUUCCACACUCACUUCCUGGCAAAGGGAAAUUCAGACAUGGGCUUCUCAAAUGAAUGCUGUGGUUUAUUUAGGCGACAUUAACAGCAGAAACAUGAUCAGAACUCAUGAAUGGAUGCAUCCCCAGACCAAACGGUUAAAAUUUAAUAUACUAUUAACAACUUAUGAAAUUCUGUUAAAGGAUAAGGCAUUCCUUGGAGGUCUAAAUUGGGCAUUUAUAGGUGUAGAUGAAGCACAUCGAUUAAAGAAUGAUGAUUCUCUCCUAUAUAAAACUUUAAUAGACUUUAAGUCCAAUCACCGUCUCCUUAUCACUGGAACUCCUCUACAAAACUCCCUCAAAGAGCUCUGGUCUUUGCUACAUUUCAUUAUGCCAGAAAAGUUUUCUUCCUGGGAAGAUUUUGAAGAAGAACAUGGCAAAGGCAGAGAAUAUGGUUAUGCAAGCCUUCACAAAGAGCUUGAGCCGUUUCUGUUACGCAGAGUUAAAAAAGAUGUGGAAAAAUCUCUUCCUGCCAAGGUUGAGCAGAUUCUAAGAAUGGAAAUGAGUGCUUUACAGAAACAAUAUUACAAAUGGAUAUUAACUAGAAAUUACAAAGCCCUCAGCAAAGGUUCCAAGGGCAGUACCUCAGGCUUUUUGAACAUUAUGAUGGAGCUAAAGAAAUGUUGUAACCAUUGCUACCUCAUUAAACCACCAGACAAUAAUGAAUUCUAUAAUAAACAGGAGGCCUUACAACACCUAAUCCGUAGUAGCGGAAAAUUGAUUCUUCUUGACAAGCUGUUAAUUCGCCUAAGAGAAAGAGGCAACAGAGUUCUUAUUUUUUCUCAAAUGGUGCGGAUGUUAGAUAUACUUGCAGAAUAUUUGAAAUACCGUCAGUUCCCCUUUCAAAGAUUAGAUGGAUCAAUAAAAGGGGAGCUGAGGAAACAAGCUCUAGAUCAUUUUAAUGCUGAAGGAUCAGAGGAUUUCUGUUUUCUACUUUCCACAAGAGCUGGAGGUCUAGGAAUUAAUUUAGCCUCUGCUGAUACUGUUGUUAUAUUUGAUUCUGAUUGGAAUCCACAGAAUGAUCUUCAGGCACAGGCUAGAGCUCAUCGAAUUGGGCAAAAGAAACAGGUGAAUAUUUAUCGACUAGUCACAAAGGGAUCAGUUGAAGAGGAUAUUCUUGAAAGGGCUAAAAAGAAGAUGGUUUUAGAUCAUCUUGUGAUUCAAAGAAUGGACACAACUGGGAAGACAGUGCUACACACUGGUUCUGCCCCCUCAAGUUCUACUCCUUUCAAUAAAGAAGAGUUAUCAGCCAUUUUAAAGUUUGGUGCUGAAGAACUUUUUAAGGAACCUGAAGGAGAAGAACAAGAGCCCCAGGAAAUGGAUAUAGAUGAAAUCUUGAAGAGGGCUGAAACUCAUGAAAAUGAACCAGGCCCUUUAACUGUCGGAGAUGAAUUGCUUUCCCAGUUCAAGGUUGCCAACUUUUCAAAUAUGGAUGAAGAUGACAUUGAGUUGGAACCUGAAAGAAAUUCAAAGAAUUGGGAAGAAAUCAUUCCAGAAGAUCAAAGAAGACGAUUAGAAGAGGAAGAAAGACAAAAGGAACUUGAAGAAAUUUAUAUGCUCCCAAGAAUGAGAAACUGUGCCAAACAGAUUAGUUUCAAUGGAAGUGAAGGGAGGCGUAGUAGAAGUAGGAGAUACUCUGGAUCUGAUAGUGAUUCUGUCUCAGAAAGGAAGAGUCCAAAGAAACGUGGAAGGCCACGGACUAUCCCUCGGGAGAAUAUUAAAGGAUUUAGUGAUGCAGAAAUUCGGCGGUUUAUCAAGAGUUACAAGAAAUUUGGUGGCCCUCUGGAAAGAUUAGAUGCAAUUGCUCGAGAUGCUGAAUUAGUUGAUAAGUCAGAGACAGACCUCAGACGACUAGGAGAAUUGGUACAUAAUGGUUGCAUUAAAGCUUUAAAGGAUAAUUCUUCAGGAACGGAAAGAACAGGUGGUAGACUUGGAAAAAUGAAGGGCCCAACAUUCCGAAUAUCAGGAGUACAGGUGAAUGCCAAGCUGGUCAUCUCCCAUGAAGAAGAAUUAAUACCAUUGCACAAAUCCAUUCCUUCAGAUCCAGAAGAAAGAAAACAAUAUACUAUCCCAUGCCAUACAAAGCCAGCUCAUUUUGAUAUAGACUGGGGCAAAGAAGAUGAUUCCAAUUUGUUGAUUGGUAUCUAUGAGUAUGGAUAUGGAAGCUGGGAAAUGAUUAAAAUGGAUCCUGAUCUCAGUCUAACACACAAGAUUCUUCCAGACGAUCCUGAUAAAAAACCACAAGCAAAACAGUUGCAGACACGUGCAGACUACCUCAUCAAAUUACUUAAAGAUUUUGCAAGAAAAGAAGCUCAGAGACUUUCUGGUGCAGGAGGUUUAAAGAAGAGAAAAGCAAGAACUAAGAAGAAUAAAGCAAUAAAGUCUGUAAAAGUGAAAGAGGACAUAAAGAGUGAUUCUUCUCCCCUGCCCUCAGAACAGUCUGAUGAAGAUGAUGAUAAGGAUGAGAUCACUUCUGUGAAACAUCCAAAUAAAAAAAUUAAAACAGAAAGAGACAGUGAAGAAAAACCUGAGCCAGAUGUUUCUAUAAAGAAGGAAACAGAAGAAAAGAGGGAAACAAAAGAAAAGGAGAAUAAAAGAGAACAUAAAAGGGAGAUAAAAGAAAAAGAGAUUAAGAAAGAUAUAAAGGAAAAAGAUUUUAAAGAAAAAAGAGAAAACAAAGUAAAAGAAGCUAUGCAGAAAGAAAAAGACAUAAAGGAAGAAAAGCUAAGCGAAUCUAAGUCUGAUGGCAAAGAAAGAUCCAAGAAAUCUUCAGUGUCAGAUGCUCCAGUUCAUAUCACUGCAAGUGGUGAACCAGUUCCCAUAUCUGAAGAAUCUGAAGAGCUGGAUCAGAAGACAUUCAGCAUUUGUAAAGAAAGAAUGAGGCCUGUCAAAGCAGCUCUGAAACAACUUGAUAGGCCUGAGAAAGGCCUGUCAGAAAGAGAACAACUGGAGCAUACUAGACAGUGUUUAAUAAAAAUUGGAGACCAUAUCACAGAAUGUCUGAAAGAGUAUUCAAACCCUGAGCAAAUUAAGCAAUGGAGAAAAAACCUGUGGAUUUUUGUAUCUAAGUUUACUGAGUUUGAUGCAAGAAAAUUACAUAAAUUAUAUAAGCAUGCUAUUAAAAAACGGCAGGAAUCUCAGCAAAUCAAUGACCAGAACAGCAACUUGAAUGUUCAGGUGAUUAGAAAUCCAGAUGUGGAAAGAUUAAAAGAGAAUACAAAUCACGAUGAUAGCAGCAGGGACAGUUAUUCAUCUGAUAGACAUUUAUCUCAGUAUCAUGAUCAUCAUAAAGACCGACAUCAGGGAGAUUCUUACAAAAAGAGUGACUCUAGGAAAAGGCCCUAUUCUUCUUUUAGUAACGGUAAAGACCAUCGUGAUUGGGACCACUACAAGCAAGACAGCAGAUAUUACAGUGAGAGAGAGAAACGCAGAAAAGUGGAUGAUCACAGGAGUAGAGAUCACAGGUUGGAAGGAAGUUUAAAAGAUAGAUCUCAUUCUGAUCAUCGCUCUCAUUCAGACCAUCGGUUACAUUCAGACCAUCGGUCAAGUUCUGAAUAUAUACACCAUAAAUCUUCCAGGGAUUAUAGGCAUCACUCAGAUUGGCAAAUGGACUACAGAGCUUCCAAUAGUGGCCCCAGAUCACCACUAGAUCAGAGAUCUCCUUUUGGCUCCAGAUCUCCAUUUGAACACUCAAUUGAACACAAAAGUACACCUGAGCAUACCUGGAGUAGUCGGAAAACAUAACAAAAACUGAUACUUUGUCUUUCUGGACUUUUCUUUUAGCCAUAUAUCAUAAACCAACACAGUAAUUGCCUUACAUGACUUGAAAGAUAUAAACAGAUCUUCUAUCAGUAGCAGUAUUGUUACUUCUUUCCAGGAUGCAAGGUCUAUUAUCCCAACAGAAGAGAAAAUAUUUUUAUAUUUAAGGAUUAUGCUGCACUGUACUACAAAUGUAGUACUUUUUUUUUUCUUUUUUUAAAGAAAUGGAAAAUGUUUACUAUUACAGGGACCUCAACACUGCCCUUCCAUGUAGGCUGGAUAAAACUGUUUUUAAGUCAGUGAUUUUAGACUGACCUCCAUUUAAAUUAUGCUUGUAUAUGAACUUUACUCUGACCUGUGAUCUCGUUUCAGGAAGGAAUGAAAGAGAGUUCUUUUCUUAGUAAAGAAAAAACACUCAAGGACUUUGUUCACUUUCCAAAGCUACUUGUUUACAUUGUACACUGCGACCACCUUGCCGCUUUUCAUCACAAGCUUGAAUAUUUAAAUUCUGUACUUAUAUCUGUAAAAUAGCCAGGAAUUUCCUGUUUGUGAUCUAAUAUUAUGCCUUUUUACACACACACACACACACACACAAACAAAAUGGCUGUAAAUUAUUGUAAAUGGAUUAAACGAGCUUUCCUUACUUCCCCUUCUCAGGCUUUUUUUGACUGUUCCUUUCCCUACCAACUCAGGCCUUCUUAUCAUUUAAAAAUAUAUAUAUAUCAGUGUAAUAACACUUUUUAAUGAUUUGUCUUGAUGGAAUUCUUGCUUAGAAUGUAAAAAAAUGGGGAAAGGGGCCACUUAAUUCCAUUAGUCCUCUUUUUAUAUUGACUUUUAUUAGAUACAUGUUAUUGCUUCCCUUUUUUUCCUUUUAUAGUCAAUAUUGUGUUUGUAGUAAUAGAAUGGUGAGAUAAUAUAAAAUCUGAACUGCAUGCUCUGGAAACUUUUUUCAGAUGCAUUUGGUUUAAAAGGGUAGGUGUAUGAACACUUUCAGAAUACAAAAUGGCCAAAAGUUAUUGUAAAUCCAUUUGUUUUCCCUUUUCAUGUGGGCAAUAAUGUCAAAUGUGCUAUGCAGCCAGGUAACAUUUUAGAUAAACUUGAUUGACUUUUAAUAUAAACUGUUAAAAUGCACACUGAUUGUAUAUAAAAACCUUAUAUAUGACAAAUUAAAUUUAAGAAAAAGGA